CUCGGAGAACCAGAGUCCCGCGGAGCUGAGCCCGCUGCAGUCCCUGGUGACGGCACAGAACUUGCGGAUCGAGGCACUGGCGCAGAAGCUCAAGCAGCAGCAAUACAAGCUGGACAAGCAGAACCUGCAGAUUAAAAGCCUGCAGAGCAAAGUCAAUCUCUUGAUGCCACUGCACCUGAAGGACAACAAAACGCGGAGUCUGAAGUGGAGGAUCAACCUGAAGAAAAGCAUCAGCCUCUCCAACCAAAGCCAAAAUGCCAGCCUGGGACCUGCCCAGCCACAAAAGCUCCCGCUGGGCUGCCAGCAGCUCUUCCUGGCCGGGCAGAGGAGCAGUGGUGUGUUUGAGAUCCAACCCUUGGGGUCACAGCCUUUCCAAGUCUACUGUGACAUGACUGCUGAAGGCGGCUGGACAGUCAUCCAGAGGCGCCUGGAUGGCUCUGUGGAUUUCGACCAGCUUUGGGAAGCCUACAAGAAUGGCUUUGGAGACCUCAGCGGUGACUUCUGGUUGGGCCUGGAGAAAAUACAUCACAUAGUCCAAGAGGGAAGGUACCAUCUUUUGAUUGAGCUGCAAGACUGGGAAGGGAAUUCUCAUCUUAUUCAGUUCCUCUUCAGCCUGACUGGGGAGAACACAGCCUACACACUCAGUCUCCUAGGGCCUCUCUCAGGAGAGCUGGAAAAUGCCCUGGGGGACUUCAGACAGCUGCCCUUCUCCACACGGGAUCAAGACAAUGAUCUCAAAGCUGACACCAACUGUGCCAAGCACCUGUCAGGAGGCUGGUGGUUCAGCACUUGUGGCCACGCCAACCUCAAUGGCAAGUACUUCCGCUCCAUCCCCCGCCAGAGGCACGAGAGGAAACAGGGCAUCUUCUGGAAGACGUGGAAAGGGAGAUAUUACCCACUGAAAUCUACCACCCUGAAAAUCCGGCCUGCAGACCUGGAGACAGAAUCCUAACCCAGCUGCUACAUGAAAGACUUGACGACUUUUGCUCCCUCAAAGGAGCCCAGAUGUACAUCUGUCACUUGAUGUUUACAGAAACCAGAAAUGCAGCCUCUGUGACAGUCCAGCAAGGAGUUUUCCCACACACUAGCAGCUCUGUAGCUGGCAGAGUCUAGCAUGGAGCAAUGCAGCAGCUGGCUCCUGCUGUACAUACAGCCACUUCUGUUACUGGGGUCUAGUGGACACAAAGGAUGGGAGCUCCCAGAAUGGGGGGGGAGGAGAGGGGAGUAAUGCUGAACAGGGAGAAGGGUCACUCUGGAGCACAAGCUGGGGGAGCAGUCACAGGCCAUCUGUGCUGCUUCCCUAGUCAAUGGUGUCCAAAGCUUUCUGUCCAUCUUUGUUGAUCAGUUAACUCUGCUGUUAAGAGCAUGUGUGGUUCCAGCGCUGAUGCUGGGAAAAGGGGAAGUGUAUGGGGUGCUUUUCCAUCAUAGUUACAACAGCUGUACUCGGGGGCCCAUGUCUCCUUCCCCUCCUCUCCCUGGGAUUCCCACCAGGAGGAAGCUCACAAAGCUCCCAUGAGCUGGGAGGCUGCUGCCACGGUCAGCUUUAUCUUCUAGGAUAGCUCCCUGUUAGGUCUGAGGCUUGGCCAAACCACCAUCCCAUACCCUCCAGAACAGCUGACUUAGAGACCUCCUUUCCUGACCCAUCUCCAGCCAUGGCUGGUCAGUUGCUCAGUAGCAGCAAGAAGGAGGCAGCAAACGCAACUCCUCUCUGACCCCUUGUUUCUUCUGACCCCUGCCUAGCUGUCCCUGUCCCCUUCUCCUCAGGUCCCUAGACAUCGGUGGACUGUGUCCUCCCCGGGGAAGGUUCUGGGGGUCCCUUGAGGAAUGGGGACUGAGGUCCAUCCAGCUCUGUUCACCCUCAAAGAUCACAUGCAAUGCCUCCUUCCUGGCCUCCCUGCCUAGGAAGAACAGGUUCCUCCUCAGGAUUCUACCCAGUAGUUCAUCGCCUGUGUGACCAGGAAGCCAGACUGGAUCCUAGACGUCCAGGUGGGCUCUGUGAAUCCUGAAGGGGCCUAGUAGUGGUGCUCAAUCAGCUAGAACUGCCUCUAGAAUGAUAUGAGGCACAGCCCUGCCUCUCUGCCCUUGAGCAAGAGUUGUGCUGCUCCUUCAUCUUCUCCGGAAGGGUUUGUUUUUCCUUGAAAGAUUCCAGAAUUCCAGUGGGGAGAAAGCUCUGUCUCCUGGCUGUGGCCUGACAUUGAAACAAUGGUCUGAAGGGGGGGACUCUCCUGUACCUCACCUAAGAUGCUGCCCCUAUAUAUUGCACAGAUGAGUCUAACCUCUUCAGAGACUGGACUUGGGGAUUUCCCAGAGUCUUAAAAGACGGGUGCAGGUGUGCUGGAGGAGGGGCGGGGAGGAGGGAAUGUGUGCCUCAGUUGUAUUUCUUCACACAGUGCAGAGUUAGCCUGUGGAAUUUCUUGCCAGAGGAUGUUGUGAAGACCGGGAUGUUAACAGGGUUCAAAAAAUAGCUAGAUAAAUUCAUAGAGGCUAGGUUCAUCAAUGGCUAUUAGCCAGGAUGGGCAGGAAUGGUGUCCCUAGCAUCUGUUUGUCAGAGGCUGGGAAUGGGUAAUAGAGGACUUAGGGAUGAUUCCCCAUUCUGUUCAUUCCCUCUGGGACACCUGGCAUUGGCCUCUGUCGGAAGACUGGACACUGGGCUAGAUGGACCUUUGGUCUGACCCAGUAUGGCCCUUCUUAUGUAAGGUGGUGAUCACUGAAAAACUGUUACAGGCCAAGGUUCCCUCUUGGGUGUUCCCAAGUAUCCUGCCCUAUUAGUCAUAUUGACUGACUUGCUAGAGUUCUUAGCUGCUGAAUACUGUAAAUAGUUAUUUGUAGAAUGCUAGAGCUUUUUAAUGAAGUGACUGUUUAAUUUGUUUCAGUAUUUAAAUGUAAUGUGGUAUAAUUUAUAAAUGUUGGGUUUGGAAAAGAUCAUCCGUAGUUUGUGUAUUUUCAGCGCUAAUGUUUUUUUACUAAAAUCUGACUUUCUGCAGAUGUUGUCUUUUUAAUAAAACCCCUCACCAACCCUA